AUGGCUCCAAUUGAACCAGACCUGUCCAAUUCCAAUGCUCGUCCUCUCGCAUUCUUGACGGCGUACGGGCUCGUUGCCGCACACGUCACUGUCUUGGUGGUCCGCACACUCUACCGCGCCUCUCGCGCCUUACCUCCCUCGCAAGCAACGCGUAGCAGACAGUCCCAUCGUCGCAAGCAUGUAGCUAUCUUUGCAGCACUGGCGGCUCUCAGUCUGGUUGUCACAGGCUACUACGUGUUUGGUGCGUUCUUGUUGUCGUACCGUGUAUGGGCUUUGCAGCGGGGUGAAGUCGUGCCAAGGCAUCUGUGGGGAGAAGCAGGCGUUUUCUUUGCAGGCGAAGAGGAAAAGGCAGUGGACCUCCAAUUGGGAAGAUGGUGGAGAGAAACGGACCUCAUCACUGAAUUUUGGGAGUUGACGACUGAGACGAGUCGGAGGUUCUGGUGGACGCAGCAGGCGUUUCUUGGAGCAGCAGCGUGGGGUGUCUUUGUAGCCAUUGAAGGCCAACGACGCCGACUUCCACAUCUCUGGGCAUUCAUCCUUCUCAGCCAAUUCGUCGGACUCUCGUUUGCCCAAAAUCUCUUCAACAUUGCAAUAUUACUGACCUCGGUUCCCCUCGAUCCUGAAGGAGAACACGCACAUCACCACCACCUCUUCUCUCCCAGCUCUUCCAAAACAAAAUCUCAGGCCCGUUCGCAUAAACGCACCAGGUCCAAGACCAAAUCUAGCGAACUGAGAAAUGAGCUUGUAACUGGGGCAGCCAGGGUAGAAAACGCCGUGCACACUCGAUGGGACCGCCUCCGUGACCGGGUCCGCAGACUGACGCCAGAAAAGUCUCCUCUCUGGACUGCGCACCCAGCCUUACACCUUGUUCCGCUCGCAAUAUCCUACGUAUCAAUUUUUCUCCUCUACUAUGCUCCGAACACUCCGUCUUUCAAGACUGUCCUUUUCAUUCCCUUGAUCCUGGCCUACCUUCCGCCACUAAUCCACGCGUUCGCGCCUGAGAAAUGGGGCACAACACAUGCAUCCUUACACGAGUCUCACCGCGCUUAUCUGCGUGUUUUUGGCUUCAUCUCUGCGAUUUCGUUUCUUCUCCACGCCAAGGCUACAGUGUCGGCCAUCAUCGACAACAAUUCUGGAAGCAACCCUUCCCAUCGGCACAGCGUGUACUACCUCUUUGACGCAGCGCAAGCCCGCUUGCAAGGACAUCCUGCCCCAAAUGAAUCAAAAUUCGAUCACAGCAAGUCAACCGCUGGCAACAUUAUCCGCGGACUGAAUGAUCAUCCUGCCGUCAGUGUGAUGGGAUGGGACGUCCUCCUUAGUGGAGUCACAUUGACCGUCUGGGCAGCUGUUCGUGGUCUUGACCUUCUACCGACUCUCUUCGACAGUAUCGGAAUGUCAAGAAUCAGGAAGCGCGUGUUUGCCGAAGUUGAACGGGCGAGAGAACAUGUGGCGGAAGCUGUCGAAGCCGAACGAGAACGAGUUGGUAAUUUCAUUGAAAAGGAGCGCGAGCAGCUUGGCAACUUGAUUGAAAAGGAACGCGAACAAGUCGGACGUUUUAUCGAAUACGAGCGGCAACAAGUUGGCCACCUCGCUGAAAAGCUGGGUAUCCAUAAAUCUGAAGAAGCACAAGCUUCCUCCUCCUCGGCUACCAGAUCGCAGUCCAGCCCCGCACAACGCACCCGCGGUAAAGCUCGUCAGGGCCGCAGUAAACAGAGUCAAAGCCAAAGCGCAGCUCCCGAACAAGACGAUCUGCUCUCCUCUUCCGAGGACGACGAAGCGUACACUGCCACGGAGAAGGAAGCGUCGUCUCUCCUCCUUCGCACUGGUGCAGAGGACACUUCUACCGACCUAGAGUCUGGCGCAGUUGCAUGGACGCUCUUUGCUCUGGGCGGGCUUGGUCUAGCAUCGGGUCCAGUCUGGGGCGCAGAAGCCGCCGGCAGAUGA